UUGAGGAUGUCAGGGAUGUCCGUUCCUGUUUUCGUGAGCACCUAAUGAUUCUUUGCUUUGUGUUGCUCACAGAUUAUGGAUAUUGUUUUUAUCAGGAAUAUCGCGUAAAAUUCAACAGGUCACAGAUGAGAGAGUCUCUUUAAGGCUAUACCUGUUGACAGAUCUUGUGGAGGCUUGUGUGCUGGUUAAUGUAUAGAGUAAAAAGGGUGAAACUUGAACAAGAAACCGAAGGAAGUUGGAAAAGUUUCUCAGCUGUCAAGAUGACUGCAGUGGAUGACCUCUCAGAUAGCACGGAGGUGGUGGAAAUGGAAGACGCUACGUCCCAGUUCAUUGUGGAGAAGCACUCGUGGGAUGGCCUGCGGGAAAUCAUCCACGGGAGCCGGAAGUACUCUGGCAUGAUCAUCAACAAGGCGCCCCACGACUUCCAGUUUGUACAGAAACAUGAUGAGAUGGGUCCCCAUUCCCAUCGGCUGUACUAUCUAGGUAUGCCCUAUGGGAGCAGGGAAAACUCGUUACUGUACUCAGAAAUUCCAAAGAAGAUCAGGAAAGAGGCCCUUCUGGUCUUGUCGUGGAAACAGAUGUUGGAUCAUUUUCAGGCGACUCCACAUCAAGGCAUGUACUCUCGAGAGGAGGAGCUCCUUCGCGAGCGGAAGCGCUUAGGCGUGUUUGGCAUCACGUCCUAUGACUAUCACGCUCAAAGUGGCCUUUUCCUCUUCCAAGCUAGCAACAGCCUUUUCUAUUGCCAUGAUGGUGGGCAUAAUGGCUUCAUUCAGGCUGCCCCCAUGAAGCCUGUGGAGAUUAAGACUCAGUGCUCAGGCAUUCGCAUGGACCCCAAGAUAUGUCCCGGUGAUCCCAACUUCAUAGCGUUCAUUAAUAACAAUGACCUGUGGGUGACGAACAUCGAAACCUGCGAGGAGCGAAGGCUGACAUUUUGUCACAAAGGUUUGAAUAACGUGAAGGAUGACCCGAAGUCAGCAGGCGUUGCAACCUUUGUGAUUCAGGAAGAGUUUGAUCGUUUCACUGGCUACUGGUGGUGUCCAGCUGUCUGCGAAGACGCAGAUGGGAGCAAGAUUCUGCAGGUCCUUUAUGAAGAGGUGGAUGAGUCGGAAGUUGAGAUCAUUCAUGUCCCCUCCCCAGCUCUGGAGGAGCGCAAGGCAGACGUGUAUAGAUACCCGCGCACUGGGAGUAAAAACCCACAGAUCAGUCUGAAACUGGUAGAGAUUCAAACUGACGAGGAUGGUGAGAUUGUAAGCACACAGAGCAAGGAGCUUGUUCUGCCUUUCAAGACGCUGUUUCCUGGGGUGGAGUACAUUGCGCGGGCCGGCUGGACAAGAGACGGCAAAUACGCGUGGGCAGUGCUACUGGAUCGCAGUCAGCAAAAGCUGCAGCUGGUUCUGCUGCCACCCGCCCUCUUCCUAAGUGUGGGCGUCGACGAGCCACAGUGGGAGGAGCACGUCGCGGCCAUGGCCGAGGGCGUACAGCCCUUUGUGAUCUACGAGGAAGUAACGGACAUCUGGAUCAAUGUCCACGAUAUUUUUUAUCCUUUCAUUCAAACAAAUAACGACGAGAUUACGUUCCUGUGGGUGAAUGAAUCAAAAACCGGCUUCUGCCAUCUGUACAAAGCCACAAGUCUCCUGCUGCCAGGGGGCCACCAGUGGACUAGAGACUACAGUCCCUCCGAGGACGAUUUUAAAUGUCCAGUAAAGGAGGAGGUGACCUUAACCAGUGGAGAGUGGGAGGUGCUAGCCAGACAUGGCUCAAAGAUCUGGGUAAAUGAAGAGACUAAGCUGGUGUACUUCCAGGGCACGAAAGACACACCCCUGGAGCACCAUUUAUACGUGGUAAGCUACGAGUCUCCAGGAGACAUUGUCCGACUGACCAAGCCCGGUUUCUCCCACGGUUGCUCUGUCAGCCAGAACUUCGACAUGUUCAUCAGUCACUACAGCAAUGUGAGCACCCCUCCCUGCGUUCACGUCUACAAGCUGGUUGGUUCUGACAGUGACCCUUUGCACAAGGAGCCUGAGUUCUGGGCCAGUAUGAUGGAGUCAGCAGGCUGUCCAGCUGAUUAUGUCCCACCUGAGAUAUUUAGGUUCCCUGCCAAGUCUGGCUUUGAGCUCUAUGGGAUGUUGUACAAGCCACACAACUUGAAACCCGGCAAGAAGCACCCAGCAAUCCUAUUUGUAUAUGGUGGUCCCCAGGUGCAGUUAGUGAAUAACUCCUACAAAGGCGUAAAGUACUUGCGCCUGAACACACUAGCAUCUCUGGGUUAUGCAGUGAUCGUCAUCGACGGAAGAGGCUCGUGCCAGAGGGGUCUGAAGUUUGAGGGGGCUCUAAAAAACAAAAUGGGCCAGGUGGAAAUUGAGGACCAGGUGGAGGGCCUUCAAUAUGUGGCUGACAAGUACAAGUUUAUAGACCUGAGUCGUGUGGCCAUUCACGGCUGGUCUUAUGGAGGAUUCCUGUCUCUCAUGGGGCUCAUUCAUCGGCCCAACGUGUUCAAGGUGGCAGUAGCUGGAGCACCUGUAACGGUAUGGAUGGCGUAUGACACAGGAUACACAGAGCGCUACAUGGAUGUGCCUGAACACAACCAGCAGGGUUACGAAGCGGGCUCUGUGGCCCUGCACGUGGACAAGCUUCCUAAUGAGCCGAACCGAUUGCUAAUCUUACAUGGAUUCCUUGAUGAGAAUGUGCACUUUUUCCACACCAACUUCCUAGUAUCUCAGCUUAUCCGUGCAGGAAAGCCAUAUCAGUUACAGAUCUAUCCCAACGAGCGGCACAGCAUCCGCUGCCCUGAGUCUGGCGAGCACUACGAAAUCAUGCUGCUAUACUUCCUCCAGCAGCAUCUCUGAUGAGGGCUGUCCUUUCUCUGGAACAGUCUCCGCCCAGUCUCCGUCACAGCCCACCACCUUUGAGUAGCCAAUGAAAUAUCAGCUCAGGGGCGGCACUCUUCCCCUUAGCAUUUUUGCAUACCCGUCCUCCCCCGUCAAGGUCUGUGAAACAACCAGGAACUGGACAUUCAAAUUCGAGCAUGUCUGCAGUUUUAACAGGUUUGAUUUAAGGGACACAACCAAGAAAUGGGGGGGUGAAAAUGGAAAAAGUACUUUGAUGAAUGGAACAUUGUGGGCCAUGAACCUCUAAUUGGUUUUCUUUUCAUUUUGGAUUUUCAUGCCACAUCUAGGUAAUAUCUUUCUUUUCCUCUUGAACCCAUUUGAACACUGAUUAAGUUGCCAAAAUGUCUUUAUUUUUUUAUUUCCUGUUAAUGGCUUAACAGAAUUCACAUUGAAAUUACCCCUCCCAUACAGAAAUGCUCUUAUCUCCUGGUUAACAGAUCAUUUUAACUUAAAGCAAGCUUUUCUAUUUUGCAAGUACAGUUGUGCUUAUGUGCAAACUGGAUUGUCACCUUCGUAGCCGCUCACGACGGCUCUCGCAUAAAGACACCUCACACUACUACCUGCAGUUCAUAUUUUAAGUGUGUAUUAUUAAAGGAACAUAUUUUUUAUGAA